AUGGCCGAUAGAAAUAAUGAAAGAAUUAAAGAUGGCAAUGGUAGUAAGAAUUUAGACAUAAAUCGUACUCCCGCAAAUCUUAUUUUUGCUCCGGAUGAAGGUCGAGUUCGAAUAAGCGAAAGCGAGUCUAAUCAGCAGGCACAGAAUGAAGCUACACAGAACGAAGGAAGCAGUCUUUUGAAUUCUUAUCAAUUUUUCUGCAAGCAGCUUCUUGCAAUAAUCAGCAGCCUGCACGAACAGAAUUCACAACUACAGAAGCAGCUGAAUACAGGAGGACGGAUUUCUCUACUUCCGAGUGUUCCUCUACUUCCGGGUGUUCCUCAUCAUCAUCAGCAGCAGCCUUCAGGAAUUAUUUUCCCUCAACAAUUACAAGUACCUGGAAGCUGUGUACCUCAACAACAAAGGAUUACACACCAGCCGCGACCAGGAAGCAGCUUCUCAUCCCAAGAGGUCGCCAACGCACUCGCACUGCAAGAAACAAAUGGAUGGCUGAAUCCUAACCGCAACGGGCCGCAGGGUAGAUCGAACUGUAGGAGGCAAGAAACUCCCAUGCAUCCAUCGGUAGCCCAGUUCUACAAAUAUCUUGCACGGCCAAACCUUCCUCCGAAUCCAUCCAUGUUGUCCCCAGUAAAUGGAUCGGCCCUAAAUGCUCAAUUGCGACUCAAAGCACCAGCCGAAUCUUCAUCUUUGCAGGUCGCUCCUCUAGGCCAUAACAAUCCCCCCAGUUUGCAGAUAACUCAUUUUACAGAAAUGGGCAGUAGCUCAAAUGAUGGAACGAGAAAGAAAAGUUUGGAGAUGUUGAGAGGUCCUGAUGGCCAGCUACCUGAAAAAUUACGACAUGUGGAACCUCAUAUGCUUGAACGCAUUAUACACGAGAUCAUGGAUAAGGAUCUUAAUGUUUGCUGGGAUGAUAUUGCUGGUCUUGAGAAUGCCAAAAAAAGCAUCAUUGAGAUGGUUGUAUGGCCUUUAAUGCGUCCUGACAUAUUUAAGGGUUGCCUCGAUCUUGGGAGAGGCCUUCUUCUAUUUGGUCCAUCGGGAACAGGCAAAACUAUGAUGGCGAAAGCUAUAGCUGGAGAGAUGAAAGCAACUUUUUUCCAUGUAUCUGCCAGAACAUUAGCUAGUAAAUGGGCUGGUGAUUGUGAGAAGCUGGCGAGGGCCCUUUUUAGAAUGGCACAUUCUAUGCAGCCUGCAGUAAUUUACUACGAAGGAAUCGAUUUAAUACUAAACAAGCGUACAGCGUAUGCACCGGAAUACGAAUACAGCAGGCGUCUCAAGACGCAGUUCCUUAUUGAGAUCGAAAGCAUGGACAGCCAAAGUACUCAGGUUCUGCUUAUAGGUGCAACAAGAAAACCUCAAGAUCUCGACGAGAUUGCCCUCAGCCACUUAACGAGACGGCUGCACAUGCCAUUGCCUUCACCAGAAGUAAGAACACGUAUCAUUAGCAAUCUAUUGAAGAAAGAUGGACUGUUUUGUUUGUCUGAAAAAGAUCUGAACAUCGUUUGCGGGUUAACUGAAGGGUAUUCAGGUUCUGAUAUGGCAAUCUUAGUGAAAACAGCUGCAAUGGGUCCGCUAAGAGAUGCUAUGAAAGAGGGUAUUAAAGAUAUCAAAAAUUUGGAAGUAGAGAAACUGAGAGCAGUGACCCUUGAGCGUAAUAAAGCAAAUUUUCUUGGAAGGAAUACUUUGUAUGAGGAGAAAGUGACCAUUUCGUAA